CUUCUCUGCCCAUCUCCACUAGUUCUAUAUCUUUCCCUUUUUGUAUAUGCAGCCUCCAGCUGUGGAGUGCCCACUUACAGGCCCUCGGUAUCACGAGUGGUGAAUGGUGAGGAGGUUGUGCCCCAUAGCUGGCCCUGGCAGGUGUCACUCCAGUACAUCUAUAAUGGAUACUGGUAUCAUACAUGUGGAGGAACCCUCCUCUCCAACACCUGGGUGCUGACCGCUGGCCACUGCAUCAGUUCCUCCGAUACCUACCGCGUCAUGUUGGGCAAACACAACUUCCAGGAGGCUGAGUCUGGUCAAAGAACCAUCAGUGUCGUGAAACUCAUCAACCAUUCAAAGUGGAACCCAAAAAGACUCUCUGCAGGAUUUGACAUCUCUCUCCUGAAGCUGGAACAACCAGUAGAGUUUAGUGACACAAUCCAGCCUGCCUGCCUGCCCCCCGCCGGGACUAUCCUUCAGCACAAUACUGGCUGCUAUGUCACUGGAUGGGGCAACCUGCAAACAAACGGUCCGUCUCCUAACAGGCUACAGCAAGGUCUCCUGUUGGUGGUGGACCACUCCACCUGCUCUCAGUCUGACUGGUGGGGUCGAAACGUCCAGACUAACAUGAUUUGCGCCGGUGGAGACGGCAUCAUCUCGAGCUGCUAUGGAGAUUCCGGAGGACCCUUGAACUGUCUGAACGACCAAGGCGCCUGGGAGGUCCAUGGUGUGGUCAGUUUUGGAUCCUCUCUUGGAUGUAACUACUAUAAGAAGCCGUCCGUCUUCACUCGUGUCUCUGACUUCAACAACUGGAUCAGUACCGUAAGUGUCACAUCGUGCAGAGAGAAAGGCAAGGGGGGUGGGGUGGGAGGGUUCUUGGUGUGGUCACCCAAAAAGAACCAAUCAUGUCGCUGUAUUCGUUUUCCAACCUGACAAAUUAAAGUAG